GAGGAAAUUAAUCAAGAAGACUAUCUACACCAAGAUCGGGAAUACCCUCUCCCUGUCUACCUUCACGGCCGAACCCCACGACAAAGACAUGUCUACAAAGCAACAAAGGAGUAAUCAUAACGAGGCAUCAGAGCCAAAUACCAUAUCAUUACUUGUUUAAUUCUCACUAUUUUCAAACAAAAGGAAAAGCAGAGCAAUUGUUAAUUAGAAGAAAACAAUGGUGCAAUUUUUUAACGUUCCUGAAAACCUUAUUUCCUGUCUAUGCCUAAUGUUGCUGUCGUCGUCGUUGUUAAUCCCACGUGCGGGCUGCUCCGGCACGGGUAUACGCGAAACGGGUCUCACGUGCGGGGAUUAUGAGAACCCCGAGUCUUCCGCGUCCAACUUCAUGGCCAUAAUGGACAUGGUGUCGUUUCAGGUUAAAGAGCGAGGGUGGGGAGCGCAGACGCUGCUGGGUUCUGGGCCUCCGAUGUACGCAUUGGCCCAAUGCCGGCGCGACCUGAGGCCAGCAGACUGCUACAUGUGUUUCAGCCAAGCGAGGCUGGUGUUGUCACGGUGCGUGCCCAAGGCAGCUGGCAGAAUCUACCUCGACGGCUGCUUCCUCCGAUACGAUGACUACUCCUUUAUCCGUGAGAGCGUGGACCCCACUCAUGACAUCGGCAUCUGCGUGAGCCCAACUGUGGGGAAUGACACGGCCAGACGGGUGACGGCGACGGUGUCGAACGUGACGGAGGAGGCAGCGGAACGUGGGUUCGCGGUGGACGGAGGGGAUGGGGUUUUCGCCCUGGCGCAGUGCUGGUCGACGCUGAACAAAGGGAGGUGCAAGAUAUGCUUGACCGAAGCGGCGAAGAAAGUGCAGGAAUGUGUGCCGAGUGGUGAGGGUAAGAGUUUAUUCACUGGUUGCAUUUUGAGGUAUUCAAGGCACAAAUUCUACAACGACGUUUCACCACCUAACAUCAAGGAUUCUACUUCUACUUCUACAGUAAGCGACAGUGGUGGUUUGGCACCAGAUUUUGCCUUCGUAGCAGGCUUCAGUUUUAUGUAUGAUUUGCUCGAGAACGCCACAGAUAAUUUUGAUCCCGCAAACAAAUUAGGCCAAGGUGGAGCUGCUUCCGUGUUCAAAGGAACCCUCCCCACUGGGAAGACUGUUGCUGUUAAACGAUUAUCUUUUAAUAAACGGCAAUGGACAGAGGGGUUCUUCAAUGAGGUCAAUUUGAUUAGUGGGAUUCAACACAAGAAUGUGGUGAAGCUUUUGGGGUGCAGCAUCGAAGGCCCUGAAAGCCUGUUGGUUUAUGAAUUUGUGCCCAAUGGAAGUCUUGAUCAAGUCCUUUUCGGUAAGGGCUCAGAAGAUGCUCUGAACUGGGAAAAACGGUUUCAAAUCAUAUGUGGGAUAGCUGAGGGCCUAGCAUACCUUCAUGAAGGUUCUGGAACAAAGAUUAUUCACAGAGACAUAAAGUCGAGCAACAUUCUAUUUGAUGAGAAUAUGAAUCCAAAAAUAGCGAAUUUUGGUCUUGCUCGCAUUGUUACUGGAAACAAAUCUCAUCUUAGGACAGGAAAUUCGAAGACACUGGGAUAUACGGCUCCUGAAUAUGUUUCCAAUGGACAAUUGACAGAGAAGGCAGACAUCUAUGCUUUUGGUGUCCUAAUUGUUGAGAUUGUGUGUGGUAAGAAGAACAGUGAUCAAAUACCGGGGUCAACUUCACUUCUCCACAGCGUGUGGAAGAAUUACAAGGCAAAUAAUAUAACAGCAUCCGUUGAUCCAGUUCUGCAAGGUAAACUUACGGUAGACGAAGCAUCAAAUACGCUCCAAGCUGGCCUUCUUUGUACACAAUCAACUGUUACUCUCAGACCAUCCAUGUCUGAAGUAGUUCAGAUGCUAACCAAGAAAGACUACGCUAUUCCCUCUCCAAAGCAACAACCAUUCUUCAAUUUCAGUGGGCUAAGUCAAAAUGACCGCACUGUAUCCUCAAUUGGGCUUGCAAGUGCAAGGUCCUCCUUUCACAGCACCACCAGUUCACUAAUUCCAAAUGAUGAUUUAACAGUACAAGGGAAUUCCUUUCCUCAUUCUGACAAGUUCAUUGCUGGCAGCCCUGAUUCAAAUUUCCAAUUAAAUAUGGGAGCGCCUGAGCCCAGGUAGAUUCACUUGAAAUUUUGCGAUGAUCCUGAGGAGUGACCUGAAUGGGGAUAAGAGAAAACUGAGGAUAGUCAGUUAUAAUUUGAGUGUGUGAAAUUCUGAUGAACAAGGUUGGAAAGCGAAGGAGAAAAUGAAUGGAUUUUGCUCAACAUAAGACGCAAGGAACAAAAUGUAGAUUAUGGUCAUGAAGCAACUUGUAUUAUAUAAUUGUGUACAUGAAGCAGGACUUCAAGGGUAGGGAAGAGUAAACAUGGCUGUGCUGUGUCCUUGCAAGUUGUUGAUGUAUUACAGUUGUCAUGAAAUGAGGAUUUGACAUAACAUUUCCAUUCAAGUAGUGAAUGUCGACUUCAUCCUAUUUAGUACAACAAAAUUCCAUUCAUUUUUUUUUUCUUUUAUCUUUAUUUUGUUUUUGUUUAUU